UUUACUCCGCAGUGCCCAACACCAACCCUCCAAAUCACUCUCACGCGGCAGACAUGUUCGGGGCCCUGAAUCGCUUCAUCGGCUUGGAUGCCGAGCCCGUCCAGCAGACCCGGGCUCAGAACACCAGCGAUAACUCGUUUGGCUUCCAGGUCCUCCGCAACAAGGAUGCCGAGCUGCCGCUGGAGCCUUGGUUUGAUUUCAUCGUCGGCAUUAAUGGCCGGUUAAUAGAGGACCCUGACCCGAACCUGUUCGCUACGGAAGUGCGCAAUUGCGCGGGAUCCAGCGUGACCUUUGAAGUCUGGAGUGCAAAGGGUCAAAAAACACACACUGUCUCCAUCCCCGUCCCCGCAUCCAACCCUAGUCUGAACCUGGCGCUACAACUGGCCCCCCUAUCCUCCACCCAACACAUCUGGCACGUCCUCACGAUCCCCUCCCCGCUCAGUCCGGCUUACCGUGCCGGCUUGCUUCCACACUCGGACUACAUUAUUGGAACCCCCAGCGGGACGUUACGGGGUGAAUCGGCGCUGGGAGAGCUCGUCGAGGACCACUUGAACCGCACGUUGGUUCUGUGGGUUUACAACAGCGAGUUUGACGUGGUGCGCGAGGUUGAGCUGGUGCCCACACGGGGCUGGGGAGGCGAGGGUGCUCUGGGAGCCGAGCUGGGAUAUGGAGCACUACACCGGUUACCGGUCGGGCUGGGUGAGGAAGUCGAAGGCCCUGGCGAGGUGGUCUUUGAGACCCGCGAGGACGGUACCUCCGCGCCUGUGAUGGAAGCGAUGGGUCAGGCACCUCCGCUGUCUGGGCACUUUCUCGUCCCGGCCAAUAUGGUCUCGCCUCCGCCCUUGUCCGGACCUCCACGGAACCUGGCGGCAUCACCGGCGAGCCAUUCGCCUGCAGGACGGCGGCAUAAGGCCCGUCACACGGCGAGCGCCAACACUGCGUCGUUCGACGACUACUUCGCGGAGGGAGAGCAAAAGAGCAAAGAGCAGGAUUAUGCGCCGUCCCGGAGGGGAACGCCACUGCCGCCUCCGCCUAAAGCUGGGGUGCGGUCGCCGUCCAGCUCGGCGAGUCCGGCGCCGGGGACUGCGUAGGGCUGCAUGAUGAACCCUUAGUUGUACAGUAUCAUGAGAUUCCGGAGUUACGACGGUUUAGUGGACUAGAUGAGACUUCCCGUGUCAAGCAUGCAGUGGUCGUUAGUGCGAGAGUAAGAUGAAGGAGUGGAUCAUCUCCAACACGCUAGGCGCGGCUGAUCGUUAGUCGCUUCUCCUCAUAAUCCACGGCUCACCAUUGGUUUGGUAGCUACAGCAUCUACCUUCUGUGAUUGAGGUCCUCCACAAUUCACAUUGUAUAGUGAGAU